AUGACUUCAACUUGUCUCAACGACGGCUCCUGGGGCCCUGGCGUCCGAGGAUGUCGAGGCGACUUUGACUUUACGCAGAAAUUCGAGCGUAUCUUUUUGUCUAUUAUUCCGACGGUUAUCUUUAUCGCUUCUGCGAUUGCGCGUGUAGCUGUUUUGGCGCAGAGGGAGAGGGUUGUUAAUGGUGUGAUCUUACAGUCUGUCAAGCUCGCCUUUCUCGUCGUAUAUACGGCUACGCAGCUUGGUCUUCUAAUUCUUAUCGCGACUGGAACUGCGGGCAUAGUUCACGACCUCUCUCUUGCAGGAUCCUGCCUCGCGUUUAUCGCAUCUCUCUUAGCCUGCGGGUUAUCGUACAAAGAGCACUCAUGCGCCAGACGACCAUCUACUCUACUAAACGUCUACGUUUUGUUCACACUACUGUUCGACAUUGUGCAAACCCGCACGGCAUGGCUUCUCAUUAGCGGACCAUCAAAACAGGCCCGCCUUUUCAUAGCUUCCGUCGUGGUCAAGGGCGUUAUUCUCUGCCUCGAAACAAUCCCCAAGACGAGAUGGAUUCACUGGAACGCAGAAGAGCAUAGCCCCGAGGAAUCGAGCGGCGUAUUUAGUGUUGGGGUGUUUGCGUGGUUGAACCAGCUCUUUAUCAGAGGUUAUCGAGGAGUUUUGAAGGUAGAGGAUUUAUAUCCCCUUGACGAGAGCAUGGCCUCGGAUAGACUGCAGAACCGCUUUACGAAGCAUCUCCGGAUUCAUCGAUAUAACGAGGAGCCCAAGUCGGGUCUGUUGAAGGACUUGACCAGAACGCUUAUAGGCCCGUUCCUUCUCCCGGUUGCUCCUCGCGCCGCCCUUAUCGCCUUUCAAUUCUGCCAACCCUUCUUCAUUGAUGCAACACUGCAAUAUCUCCAAGCCCCAGAGACGCCCAACUCAAAAAGCGUGAGCUAUGGUUUGAUUGGCGCUGCCUUUCUCAUCUACGCUGGUAUUGGAGUCUCCUCAGCAUUUUACGGUUAUUAUAAAGAGAGAGCCACCUACAUGAUUCGAGGCUGUCUAGUCGCUGCUAUAUACCAAAAGACCACACAGAUGAAAGUCACAGCUGCUGAUGACUCUGCUGCUCUGACUCUCAUGAGUUCAGACGUCGAGAGGAUUCUUAGAGGUGCUGCGACAGCUCAUGAUCUCUGGGCUAACCCUGUUGAGGUGGCUAUCGGAUGCUGGCUUCUUUACGGAAAACUCGGCGCGGCUUUUAUUUCUCCUCUCAUUGUCAUUAUAAUUUGUGCGUUGCUGCUAUCGUGGUUGGUCACGUUGGUUGGCAAGAGACAGAGCGAAUGGAUGAAGAGAAUACAAAACAGAGUCGGCUUGACUUCAAAUGCGAUUUCGCAGAUGAAGCUAUACAAAAUCUCUGGAAUCACUGGUCCAGUGGCGGAUCUCAUCCAGAGCCUUCGUGUGGGAGAGAUCAAAGUCGGCAACAGCUUCCGCUGGCUGUUGAUCCUGGCUGCGGUGUUGGGCUUUACGCCCUUUGCUAUUUCACCCCCGAUUACUUUCGCUUUCACCUCACGAGAGUUGACUAUCAACACACUGUUCACCUCGCUGUCAUAUAUCCUUCUCUUUACAACGCCUGUUGUUGCUCUCUUCCAGAGUCUGCCUGGUAUUUUCGCAGCACUGACCUGCGUGGCUCGAGUGCAGAAAUUCCUUGCAGCUGAACCACGUAACGACUUUCGCAAACAUCAAUCCAUCUCGGUAUCGGAGAAGAGCUCUUCAGAUACAUCGGGAGUUGCCUUCACGAUUGAGAAUGGAUCCUUUGGAUGGGGAGGCGAAAAGAUGACACUGAGAGACAUCAACAUUUCCAUCCCUGCUCACAAACUCACCAUUGUCGUUGGCGAAGUUGCCUCGGGCAAGACAACCUUUUGUCAAGCUCUUCUCGGCGAACUACCCGUAUCUUCAGGUACGACCAGAAGUUUGAUUCCGUCUCAUCGCACCGCAUAUUGUGAUCAAUCCGUCUUUCUCUACAACGGAACGUUUCGGCAAAAUAUCAUCGGCCACUGCCCCUUUGACCAGGCAAAGUACGACGAGAUCGUGGAUGCGACAAUGCUCUCCCAAGAUGUAGCUCUGUUACCGCAGGGCCACGAUGCCAACAUCGGGAGUAACGGUAUCAUGCUCUCUGGAGGCCAGCGACAAAGGAUUAGUGUGGCGAGGGCACUCUACUCUGAGGCGAACUUGAUGAUCUUUGAUGACAUCCUCAGCGGUUUGGACUUGGGAACUGAAUCGGAGCUGUUCCGCCGCGUGUUUGGUCCAACAGGCAUCACUCGUCGUAAGAACGUUACCGUCAUCAUAUGUACUCACUCAGUGCGCCACUUGCCCCUGGCAGAUCAUAUAAUUGCUCUUGGUAACGGUACUGUCAUCGAACAAGGAGAUUUCUCAGAGCUGAUGCAAAACAACAAGUACGUCCACAGUCUCGGCGUCAAGCACAGAGAUGCAGAUUCGUCCUCGGAGAAUGAGAAGCCCGAAGCAACGGUCACUACUACUCCUCGGGCUGUGGCGACGUCCCCUGCCGCGGAGGUAGCAGAGGAUAAAGCAAGACAGCAAGGCGACUUUUCUAUCUACAAACAUUACUUCAACAGUGUUGGGAUAUGGGCAGUCGUUGGUGUUGCACUGUCAGGAAUGAUAGCCGGUGCUUGCCAAAGUCUUUCGGGUGUGUGGAUGAAGUUCUGGGCCGAGGAUGCCUUCAACAGAUCAUUUACCUUUUACGUGGGCAUCUACGCUUUCCUACGAUCAGGCUUUGUUGUAUUUUUAUUCUGCAACGGUGUUAUCACCCUGAUAAGCAUGACUGCCUCUGCAGGAACGGAACUUCAUCAACGAGCCAUCCUCACUGUUAUUUCUGCACCGUUGAAGUUCUUCACUACGACUGAUACGGGUGUAGUGACGAAUCUCUUCUCUCAGGAUAUGACCCUUCUCGAUUUCGAACUACCCUUGGCUCUCACGAACUUCACCUUGGAUAUUUCCAACACGAUUGGGUCUGCGUUUGUGGUAGCAUCUGCUUCUCCGUAUCUUGCCAUCGGAUACCCUUUCUUGAUCGGGAUUCUCUAUUUUAUCCAGAUGUUCUAUCUUCGUACAUCAAGACAGCUCCGACUUCUUGAUCUCGAGGCCAAGAGUCCGUUGUAUACUCAUUUUACCGAUACCAUGAAAGGCAUUGCAACCAUCAGGGCUUUUGGAUGGGAGCAGAACGACAUAGUAUACAGCAACCAACUUCUAGAUACAUCCCAACGACCUGCGUAUCUACUGGCAAUGAUUCAACAGUGGCUGGCCUCGUCACUCCGUCUCCUAGUCGCGGGCAUCGCUGUUAUUCUUAUCGCGUUGGCAACUCAGCUUCGAACCAAUGCAGGCUUGACAGGUGCUAGUUUGAUCUCUCUCUUGACGUUUAGCGAGUUUCUGUCCGAUGUCAUCAGAAGUUACACAUCUCUUGAGACGUCACUGGGAGCUGUAAGUCGUUUGAGGUCCUUCAGUGACACCGUUGCAACGGAGAAUAUGCCUGGGGAAGAUGUUGAGCCACCUGAUGCAUGGCCGCAGAAUGGACAUGUCAAGAUUGACAAAGUAUCUGCUUCUUACGAAGUUGAUGCUGACAACCAGGAUGAAUCUGAGCUCAGUCUUGUCCUGCGAGACCUCGAGCUGGACAUCCUCCCAGGACAAAAGGUCGCAAUCUGUGGUCGUACAGGAAGUGGAAAGUCUACUCUGAUACUACUUCUCCUACGACUCCUGGACCCUCUCUCCUCUUGUUCUGCUAAUAUCAAGAUCGACAAUGUUGACUUGCAUGGGAUUGACCGCGCCACUCUGCGCAAACGAAUCAUAUGCAUCCCUCAAGACGCAGUCUUUCCACCGGAUGGAAGCUCCAUCAAAGCCAAUCUAGACCCUCACAAUUUAGUUACAGACGCAGAGUGCUUCAGCGUUCUUAACACAGUCCGUCUAACCAACUUUGUUCACGACAAGGGCAGCCUCAACGCAGGCAUGAGCGCCGAAGAUCUCAGUGCUGGCCAAAAACAGCUUUUCAGUCUCGGCCGAGCAAUUCUACGUCGUCGAGCUCGAGAUAGGGGCGAAAAGAAGCAAGGGGGCUUGCUUCUGCUGGAUGAGGUGAGCAGCAGCGUGGACAGAGUUACAGACAGGGCGAUGCAAGAGAUCAUCAGAGAUGAGUUUGAGAGUUAUACUAUUAUCAUGGUUUCGCAUCGGUUGGAGAUGGUUGUGAAGUACUUUGAUAGGGUUGUUGUGCUUGAUAAGGGGAGUGUUGUUGAGGAUGGUGGGCCGAAGGAGCUUGUUGAGAGCGAGGGAAGUAGGUUCGGGGAGUUAUGGGCUGUUGAGAAUGAUGGCAAGUCUGAGUAG